CUCUCUCACUCACACCUCUUGUUACCUUCAAAACCUUCUCAAAUCUCCUCCAUUAUUUUUCCUUCUUUCUCUCUCUCUCUCUCUCUCCCUGCAACAAGCUGCAUCCAAAAGUGCUUGGGUUCUGUUGCAGCGACCAUGGCUGUUGUUGUUCUUGCGGUGAUUUUGUUGGCCAUGGCUGGUCACUCAAGUGGAACAUGGUGUGUAUGCAAAGAAGGGUUAAGCGAGGCAAUGCUGCAGAAGACAUUGGACUACGCAUGUGGUGCAGGAGCUGAUUGUGGACCCAUUCACCAGAACGGUCCUUGCUUCAAUCCUAACACCGUCAAGUCUCAUUGCUCUUACGCCGUCAACAGCUUCUUUCAGAAGAAAGGUCAGUCUCAGGGAACUUGUGACUUUGCUGGCACAGCCAUCGUCUCAGCCUCUGAUCCCAGCUACACUACUUGCCCUUUCCCUGCAAGUGCCAGUGGAAGUGGGACAACGACACCAGUGACGACAACACCUUCGACAAGAGUCCCUACAACAACGAAUACAAGACCCUACACAAUGACACCAUCAACAGGAGGAGGUUUGGGAAUACCGUCUGGAACAGGCGGUAUUAACCCGGAUUACACAGAUCCAUCCUUUGGAUUCAAACUCCAAAACCCA